AGUUCGCUAUACAGUUUCACUGAUUAGUGAUUACUUGGCGGCUCACAGAUUCGUUUGGAAUUAAUAUAUUUAUUUUAAUUCAGUAAAGUUUAAGUAAGAAUGUUCCGUUUAGGCUAUUUGUGUCUAGUUUUAUUUAUGGGGUGUCAGCACGCAGCUGGCAGUCCAGUGAGCGUCCCGGAUUACGAGUACGUGCGCGAGGCGGACGCGUGGCUGCGCCUGCACAGCGUGCCCGCUGCCUGGUCAGACGCCGCCGUGCGCUGCCAACUCGAAGGUGGAAUGUUAGCGUCUCCUACGACCAACGCCAUGACUGAAGCAAUGCUGGACGCGAUGAAAAAACGCAAACUUGCCUCAAACAGGGUAUUUAUUGGAAUAACAGACAUUCGAUCCAGUGGAAAGUAUGAGUCAUUGGAUGGAGAGGAUCUACCCGUUGACCUAGAAUGGAUUGCGGGAGAUUCAUACGAGUUCGAAACCACUUACUGCCUAGAGCUGACGGACACGGGCAAGCUGACUUUCACCAGCUGCUCGCGAGAACUGCCAUACUUCUGCCGGAAGAGUAUCCACAACUGCCCCUCCAGUCCCUCUACUGAAGAUUCUGCCGACAACUACAGCUAUUAUGCUGACGUUGAUUCUGAUACUGACGAUAGUAAAAAUAGCGAGGAUGAAAUUCCUACAUCAUCAGCGGCGCAGGAGUGCGACGGCAAUGGAUACGAAUGGGAGCCCCGCACCGGCAGCUGCUACAAGUUCCACCGGGCCGCGAAGCCCUGGCGCUCCGCCCUGUCCACCUGCCACGCCGAGGGCGGACAUCUAGCCAUCAUCAACAGCGCCACCGAAUCUACAGUUCUCAAAGAACUGUACGAACAGAACAACCACACUGUGAUUACUGGAACAUCGAACCCUUAUUAUGCGUCGAUCGGGUUCAGGAAGUGGGGUGGCGAGUGGGUGACUGUGCAAGGAGAAACGCUCGCCGAAGCUGGAUUCGAAGAGUGGUCCCCCGGCGAACCCAACGGCCUAGGAGAAGAGAACUGCGGAACCAUGUACUGGGAUGGACUGCUCAACGACGCCUCGUGCGGCGCGCUGUUCCCGUAUAUCUGCGAGAAAACCCCGAAAAUUAAUGAUUUUGACUUUAUACCUUUCACAAACCAACAGUGAAAGCUAGAUUGACACCAAAUCUGACCGCCCUAGCAUGAUUUGCAUUCUCGCUUCAAGUAUACAGUCGACAGCGCAAGUCAUUCUAAGCGGUCUGGUAUUACUAACCUACUGCGAUAUUGUAUUCGGUUCCCGCGAUAAUUAUUCAUGAAAUAAAAUUAUAUUUGAACAGUAUACUUACUGCGUAUAAUGAAUUUAGUUUAUGAGACUACUCGUAUUUUGAAUGUAUAACCUCCCAUAGGUAAAUUAAAAAUAUUAUUACACAUUGUAAUUUUGACAGUGAUAUGACAGUCUUCCGUUGACCACGAACGCCGUAAAGGACUCGAUAAGUACAUCGAGAUGUAUUUUACUUUUAUUUAUUUAUUUGAAAUUCGUUAUACGCGAUAUAAUCCUUUCAAAAGUACGUACCUACUUAAAAGCCGAUAUCGUAAUAUCUGAACGGAAAGAUUGGUUUAAUAAGUAUAAUACUGUAAUUUAUAUUUAUUUUAUUCAAAUUGGCAAUAAUUAUAAUUUGAUUUGAAACUGAAUAAAUAAGACAAUAAAUUAUUAGUUUGGGUUUUAAAUGACUCGAAUCCACAUUUAGAUAGAUAUACCUAAAGAUGAAAUCAAAACUUGGAUUGUUCAUUCAAACUCAUAAUUUUCCUCACCUUGUCCCGGCUUUUGCCACGGCUCAUGAGAGCCUGGAGUCAGCUUGACAACCUAAUCCCAAGAAUUGGCGUAGGCACUAAUUUUUACGAAAGCGACUGCCAUCUGACGUUCCAACCGAAAGGGUAGACUAGGCCUUAUUGGGGUUAGCCCGGUUUGCUCACGAUGUUUUCCUUCACCGAAAAGCGACUGGUAAAUAUCAAUAAACAGAACCCUUGUAGGAUUGUGGGAUAACUAGUGCGUCUGUCUGUCUCUCCGUCUAUUACAACCUAUUGGCUAUGAAAGUACUGGACUAAUUAAGUUGAACUGGUAUUUUCAAACUGAAAUGGCUUAUUGUGAGACUCUAAUUAGGGCCACAUGCACCAUCUCACUAACCCAGGAUUAAGCGGUUAAACCGUUAACCUAGUGUCAAAUUGUACUAGUAACCAUGGUAACUCCAGGUUUAACCGGUUAACCCUAGUUAAUUAUGAUUAUGAUUACAAUUUGACACUGGGUUAACGGGUUUUGUCCCGGUACCAUUCUCGUGCCAGGUGAAAAACCUUGGAGUAAUCUUAGAUCGCACACUGUCUUGGGUACCACAGAUAAGUGAGAUCGGUAGGAAGAUGUUCGCGUCUCUGGGGUCACUUCGCAGGCUUCGUAACUUCUUGCCGCUCGCUACCAGAAUUGCGCUUGCUCAAUCUCUUCUUCUCCCUAUAUUGGAUUAUGCCGAUAUUUGCUAUCUUGAUCUUACACAGGACCAGCUAAAUAAACUUGAGCGCCUUCAAAACGCAUGUAUAAGGUUCAUAUUUGGCUUACGCAAAUAUGACCACGUCUCUGAAUUUCGCACCCAGCUCAAGUGGCUCCCUAUUCGCCAUCGCCGCAACUCUCAUAUUCUUGUUCUUCUUUAUAAUAUUCUCUUCAACCCCACUACCCCUCUAUAUCUUAAACAGCGUUUCAGCUAUCUUUCUUCUGUCCGGUGUGCGGAGAAACAUCUCCUUGCUCCACCAUCUUCUUCAUCAAAAUUUUAUAUCAACUCUUUUACUUUUCGUGCUGUUCGGUUGUAGAAUGCUUUGCCAUUAGACAUUAGUUGUGCUAAAUCCCUUCCCAUUUUCAAAAAUCUUCUAAAAUCUCAUUACCUUUCGCUGCCUUAAUUUUGCCUUUAUUUAUGCCUAUAUAAUAUAUUAUGUAUGUAUGUAUAUAUGUAUUUAUUAUAUUUGUAUGUAUGUAUUAUAUUAAAGUAUAUAAUAGUUUUCGUCUUAUUUUUAUUUUAUUUAUUUUUUAUUAAAUGUAUAUCGGCACUACCCGUUCAAUGUUGUAAGUCCUUAGUUUCCUGCUACCGAAAGGUUGUCUGGAAGAGAUCGCUUCUUAGCGAUAAGACCACCUGUUGUUACCUAGCUUUUAAUGUACAUUUAAUUUUCUGUGUAUUUUUAACUGUAUGGUGCACAAUAAAGAAUAUUUAUUAUUAUUAUUAUUUGUUUCUCCAUUUUGGAAUUCACGGGUCUACAAAUCCCGGUCUUUUGAUAGGCUUGCGUGGGGAUAUAGAUCCAACACGUAGAGGCCCCUUGGAGAGCUUUAAUGUCAUGUAGAACGCCUGCUGGAACCCGUUCACAGGCGCAACAAUAAACACCCAUGAACCGGUCGCAGCAGGCAUUGGGACUAUUGUAGAAAAAGUGAAUAGUAUACCGGGUCUAUGGAUUGAAGUUUGGAUGGACAAUGAGACUGGGCUAUUGUAGAGAAGUCCGGACACCUGCCAUAACAAUGCUAAAACACGUUAUCGAGGCAGGUGGUGACUUGCCGCUGACUAGAUGGGCCCCUGCAACUGCCGUCGCGAAGACGACCAGGAGCAACAUCGGUGUGAGCGGCUCAGGGGUGUCGAGAGGUGUGCGCCGCUUUCUACCCAGUGGCUGUUACCAGCCACUGUGCCAAAUCGCGUCUUAUGCAUCUUUCACUUCCACCCCUGGAGCAUAUAGCUCUAACGACUCCUCUCUGGACGGCCAAUAAAGGCAAGCCAGAGCUGAGAGUCCUGCGGGUCCCCUUGGGGUCCACUCCGACCGACGAAGACACGCCGGAGAC